GAGCCUCCCAUUUCCACCUCAUAUUUGUGUAAAAUCAUGAAUACACAUAUCUUCCAACUCCAACCAAAUCAUUUGUUUAUACUCUUACAAGCUUAUCAUAUUUUCUUUCUUCAAGUGGUUCACAGUGUUCUUGAGCACAUUUUGUUGUCAAACCACCAGACAUAAGACAGUUCUGAUGUUUCUCUUAUGUUCCAACUUGAUGUGCUAAAUAGUCCAUUACAUCCUACCAUCACAUGGUUUUGCUUCCCAUGGCAUCCAUUAUUGGUUCAGUAGCAUUGAAUAGGUCGUCUCUUGCUUUUUGCAUAUAUAAAGCAAUCCACAUCCUCUGCCCUCUACACAACAAAGCAUUUCAGCUAUCAGAACUCCAAGAUUUAAGAUCGAUAUAUCCUCUGCUGUGAUUUCCCCACAGUAAGAAUGAUUAGUACCAAGAAGCUCAUCAGAUUGGCACGGAAGUGGCAGAAGUUUGUGGCAAUCCGGCGAAAAAGAAUUACAUUCCCAAGAACAAAAGAAGCCAUAGAUGUGCAGAGUUGCAGCACAUCAUCAUCAUCAACAACUAAGGGCCACUUUGUUGUGUACACUGCUGAUCAAAUCCGGUUUGUGCUUCCUCUGCAGAUUCUCAACCAUGGAAUCAUCCGAGAGCUGUUUAGACUUGCAGAAGAAGAGUUUGGAUUAUCAAGUGAUGGACCUCUUACAUUGCCUUGUGAUGCAAGCUUCAUGGAAUAUGUUAUUGCUUUAAUCCAACAACAUAUAACUGAAGAUGUACAGAAAGCAUUGCUCAUCUCCAUUUCAAAUCGUCGAUGCUCAUCAUCUUCGUAUGUUCAUGAAGAAGAAAUAAACCAACAAAUGAUCUGCAGCUUCUGAAACAUAUUCUUUUCUGAUACUGUAACAGGAGAGAUGACAAAGAAAUAGCAGGGAUGGAGAUCUAAGACAGAAUUCCAAGUGUUUGUAGCUGCCCAAAGCAAGAAUCUUGGAAGAGCGCAUUUGAUUCAUACCCCAAAAGCCAGAAUCUGUAGAAGAGCGUGUUUGAUUCAUACCCCCCAGAGCCAGAAUAUUUAGACGAGCGCAUUUGACUCAUUUA